UAAACCCCAAUUGCCCCACCAUGCUUGAAGCGUAUAGUGGAAUCCACACACACAUCUUCAUCGUCUCUCUCUUUCGGUAGUCAAUUACUACAUAGAGACAAAGCCACAUCAAGUCCUUCUAAACCUUCUCUCUCUCUCUCUCUCACAAGUUUCUCAGAGAUAGAGCCAUGGCGGGUUGUAUGGGCGAUACUGAUCGAACCCUGGCGUGCAGAAACAGCGAAGCCGCGGCUCAUCUCAAGUUCAUAUCAAUCUUUAUCAUCUUCUUCACGAGUGUCAUAGGUAUCUCUUUACCAGUUGUGUUGGCCCGCUUUUUCCAAGGCAAACCCAGUUACGAUAAAGCUAUUUUGAUAAUCAAGUGCUUCGCCGCCGGUGUAAUUCUCUCCACUUCUCUUGUCCAUGUCCUCCCAGACGCUUAUGAAGCUCUCUCUGAUUGCCAAGUAGCAACAAAACAUCCAUGGAAAGACUUCCCCUUUUCGGGUUUGGUUACUUUAAUUGGCGCCCUGUUGGCUUUGUUCGUUGAUAUAACUGCAAGUGACCACGUUGAACAUAGCCACGGCGGCGGCGGCGGCCAUAUGAGUCCUGAUAAAGAGAUUUACUCGCUCAUCAGGGCACAUGACGAAACUGUAGUUCCGGCGAAGAAAGGAGUUGAGUUGGGGAGAUCAAUUGAAUUGGGUGAACAUAAUAUUGUUAUCAGAGAUAGAAUUGAAGAAUUAGCGAAGCUUAAACAGAAAUUAGUGUCACAAGUUCUGGAGAUAGGGAUAAUAUUUCAUUCAGUGAUAAUCGGUGUGACCAUGGGGAUGUCUCAGAAUCAAUGUACCAUUAGACCUCUCGUUGCUGCACUUGCGUUUCAUCAGAUUUUUGAGGGUAUGGGCCUCGGUGGCUGCAUCGCUCAGGCAGGAUUCAGUAUUGGAACAGUGGCAUACAUGUGCUUCAUGUUCUCAGUGACAACGCCAAUGGGGAUAGUUUUAGGAAUGAUAGUAUUCUCAGUGACAGGUUACGAUGAUAGCAGUCCUCAUGCAUUGAUAAUGGAAGGCCUUCUGGGAUCUUUAUCUUCUGGAAUACUUAUAUAUAUGGGUCUGGUGGAUCUCAUUGCUUUAGAUUUUUUCCACAACAAGUUGAUGAGUUCUCAGGCAUGGUUGAAGAAGGCAUCCUUCAUUGCUUUAAUUCUUGGCUCCACUUCAAUGUCCAUCCUCGCCCUUUGGGCUUAAAACUUCUGUUUUAAUUCUAAUAAAACAAUAAUCAUGUAAAGAAGGAAAAAAUAUUUAUGGCUUACAGUUUGCAUCAGAA